AUAAGCACUUCCAGCCACUGACCUUGGAGGAGGAAACUGAGGGAGGGAGGCAGGAAUUUGCAUAGUGACAAGAGUUCCAAGCACUGCAGCUCUUACUUUUGUCCAAAGGGAGAGACGAGCAUCCCAGCAUUCAUCACUGAUCCCUCCCAUUUUGUGAACUGGAGGGCGUGUGACAUCACAACAUCACCCCCCCCCCACACUCCUACUGCUCCUCUCUCCCUGCCUCGGCGCGUGCGACCAAUCAGCAUGCAGGGAUAUCCAGUCACGUGUUUAUCGCCUCUCGGUUUGGUAGCCAUGACAACGAGCGCUGGUCCAGGCAGCAUCUCGCCGUGGUGAGAAGGGUCGAAGGAGGGAGGAAAACAUAAAGAGGAUAAAAUCCAAGCAAGAAUCUUCCUCAUGUCUUCCUCUCGCGACGCCACCGUCCUACCUCUGUUGAAUUCAACCCCCCCCAUUCAGAGUGGGUAACGGUGCUGUUGACACAACAGUGACAUGGGAAAAAGGCGGAAAAUGAUCUGCCUUAAUAGUAUGAAAGAAUGAAAAUGCCUGAGGCAGGGAGUUAGAGCCUUCCGCCGAAGAGAGAAACAGACACUGUCAUCCAGGGCUGGGUUUGGACCCAGGGACCCCUGUGGGGGUGGGGGGGUGGGAGACGGGCCCUCUCAGCCUGGUAUGAGUCUGGACCAUGGGGGAUGGAGGUGUCGGUGCAACUGGAGGAGCAGGGGUCAACCGAUCCCAUGUCUUGUUUGACAGCUUUGUCCAGGCGACCACAUGCAAGGGCACGCUCAAGGCCUUCCAGGAGCUGUGCGAGCAUCUGGAAGUCAAGCCCACUGAGUACAGGGUCUUUUACCACAAGCUCAAAUCCAAACUCAACUACUGGAAGGCCAAAGCUCUUUGGGCCAAGUUAGACAAGAGGGCCGGCCAGAAGGAGUACAAGAAGGGCCGUGCCUGUACCAACUCAAAGUGUCUGAUCAUUGGCGCGGGGCCAUGCGGCUUGCGAACAGCCAUCGAACUUGCCUUCUUGGGGGCCAAAGUGGUGCUGUUGGAGAAGAGGGACGCUUUCUCCAGGAACAACGUGUUGCACCUUUGGCCCUUCACCAUUCAGGACCUCAGGGGCCUUGGGGCCAAGAAGUUUUAUGGAAAGUUCUGCGCCGGUGCCAUUGAUCAUAUCAGUAUUCGUCAACUUCAACUCAUGCUGCUCAAAGUCGCUCUCCUCCUGGGCAUUGAGAUCCAUGUUAACGUAGAAUUCAAGGGGCUUAUAGAACCUCCUGAAGACCAGGAGAGUGAAAGGAUAGGCUGGAGGGCCGAGGUUCACCCCAGGACACACCCUGUCAAUGAGCUGGAGUUUGACGUCAUCAUUGGAGCAGACGGAAGGAGAAACACACUAGCAGGGUUUCGGCGUAAGGAAUUCCGUGGAAAGCUUGCCAUCGCCAUCACGGCAAACUUCAUCAACAGGAACACAACAGCAGAGGCAAAGGUUGAAGAGAUCAGCGGGGUGGCCUUCAUCUUCAAUCAGAAGUUCUUUCAAGACCUCAGAGAAGCGACAGGUAUUGACCUGGAAAACAUUGUCUAUUACAAGGAUGACACGCACUACUUUGUGAUGACUGCCAAAAAACAAAGCCUGCUGGAGAAAGGAGUCAUUCUGCAUGACUAUGCAGACACAGAGCUGCUGCUGUCCAGAGCAAAUGUGGACCAGGUCGCCCUUUUGUCUUACGCCCGCGAGGCUGCAGAUUUCUCAACCAACCACCAGCUGCCCACACUGGAUUUUGCCAUUAACCACUACGGCCAGCCUGAUGUCGCCAUGUUUGACUUCACCUGCAUGUACGCUUCGGAGAACGCUGCCAUGGUGCGUCAGCGCAAUGGCCACAAUCUGCUGGUGGCGCUGGUGGGAGACAGCCUAUUGGAGCCCUUUUGGCCGAUGGGUACUGGCAUUGCCCGUGGUUUCCUGGCAGCCAUGGACUCAGGAUGGAUGGUGAAGAGUUGGGCUCAGGGAAAAACUCCAGCAGAGGUUCUGGCUGAGAGGGAGAGUAUUUACCGUCUACUGCCCCAGACAACGCCAGAAAAUGUCAGCAAGAACUUCAGUCAGUACAGCGUGGAUCCGACCACACGUUACCCCAAUGUCAGCCUGAAUUUCCUCAAACCCAGCCAGGUACGGCAUCUCAUGGACACGGGAGAGUCCACGGAGAUGCGCAUAGAAAUAGAGAAUGUGAUCAACUCAUCAACACCAAAGUUGGCCAGGAAUGACAAUUGCCUGCUUGACAAGCAGUUGCAAGAAUCCAUCGCUCGAUCCAGUAAACUUCUCAACUGGUGCCAGAGACAAACGGAAGGAUAUCGAAAUGUUAGCGUGAAAGACCUCACCAUGUCAUGGAAGAGCGGCCUGGCCCUGUGUGCGCUCAUUCAUCGAUACAGGCCAGAUCUCAUUGACUUUGACUCUCUGGACGAGCGAGACCAGGAAAAGAACAACCAGUUGGGUUUUGACGUGGCGGAGAGGGAAUUUGGCAUCUCACCCUGCAUGACCGGCAAGGAGAUGUCUUCUGUUGUGGAGCCUGACAAGCUUUCAAUGGUCAUGUACCUCAGCCAGUUCUAUGAGAUGUUCAAGGACACAGUGCCACCUGGAGAUAAUCAAAAUCUGAGUCCAGAGGACAAGGCUGCUCUGAUGGCAAGCACCAAAUCGCCCAUCUCUUUCCUCAGCAAGCUUGGCCAGAGCAUAGCAAUCUCAAGGAAGCGUAACCCCAAGGACAAAAAGGAGAAGGGAGUGGACGGUUUGGGGAAGAGAAGGAAAACCAGCCAGUCUGAAGAGGAGGAAGCAUCCAAGGCUGGUCGUGAUGACAAACAGGCCACUGUACCGACUCUGUUGUCAGAGCGGAAAGUGGAUCCUGCUGCUGUGGGGAACAACAAUAAAGUCAAGGUCAUGGCUACCCAGCUGCUUGCCAAGUUUGAGGAGAAUGCUCCCGCUCAGGCGUCAGGACUCAAACGACAGGGGGAUUCUCUACCCAAUCUGGACUGCCUUUUGCCCCCCUCCCCGCCCAAACCCCUUGAGCCAGUGCGGCUGGCACCCGUCCCAGCGUGGAGAAAGAGACGCACACAGCAACAGGAGCAGCUGAGCAUUCGAUAUAAAGAAAAGCUCAAGUGUCAGACCUUGCCCGCCAAAGGGGAGCAGGCAAGAAGUGGCAGCGACCAAGCAUCCAGCUCGGGCUCUCGGAGUUGCCCAAAGAAAACCAUUUUGCUCCUUUCUUCUUCCUCCUCCACUUCCUCGCUCUCUCUGCACACUGAGUACAGUGUCACUCCAGAAGAAGAAGAGCUUGAAUACUACGAGAAGCCUGUGAAUUAUGGGGACUGGAAGCCCUUGCACCUGAAUGACCCAGGACCUAUUCAUGUACCUGGUAUACAGGAGAGGGCUGACCGCCUUAUCUCCAAGUUUAAGGGCAAAGCUGACAAGCCACCAAAGCCUAAGAAAAAGCCGUCCCGUUUCUUUUUAGAGCAGUGGUACUUGUCACGAGGCCUCUCUGAGCAUUCGGGCUCACGCCAUUCUGCCACAGAAUCUUGUAGAAAGAAGCCAGCCACGUCUUUGUGUCCGUCUGACCCAAUGCCCUUAUAUGUGCUUAGUAUUCAGGAGAGGGCUGAGCAACUUGCCUCUCAUUUGGAAGGCAAGUCAACCGGACCAAAGCCUAAGAAAAAACCUUCACGUUUUUUCAUGGAACAAUGGCACCUGGCCCGAGCCCAAAGUUCCUCUGAUUCUGCUCCUCCUUCUUCUUCUGACACCACAAGACAGCACUAUAUACGGAUGUACACAGGGGGUGUUAGCUCAUUGGCUGAGCAGAUAGCCAGUCAGCUACAGGCUCAGGAGGAGUCCAAACCUUUACCUGAGAAGAGAGAUGUGGGAUCUCUCAGAAAAGAGUUCCCAGUCAACAUCGGCGGCAGCGACGUUUGCUUUUUUUGUCGGAAGAGGGUGUACGUGAUGGAGCGACUGAGUGCAGAAGGGAAAUUCUUCCAUCGCACCUGCUUUAAGUGCGACUACUGUGGCACCACGCUCCGACUGUCCUCCUAUGCUUUCGACGUUGAGGAUGGGAAGUUUUACUGCAAGCCACACUAUUGUUACCGUCUUUCUGGCUAUGCUCAAAGAAAGAGGCCUGCACCUUCGCCCUCCACAGCUCCAACCACUAAGGAGAACCAAGAGCCUGUCUCUCCUGCGGUGAUGGUAGAUGCCCCCGGAAGGGCGAUGGCAGCAGCAUCCCCCUCAGCUGAGCUCCGGCCCUCAGUGUCUGAGGUCAACGGCCUGCAGGAGCCAAGUCUGGCAAAACGACUUCGCGGCACACCGGAGCGCAUUGAGUUGGAGAACUACCGACUGUCUCUGCAGAGGGAGGAGGAGUUGGAAGAGGUGCCGGAAGAAACGCUGGCAGAGCAUAACCUUAGCAGUGUGCUGGAUAAAGCCACGGACGUUGACCUGGGCUCCAGCAGCUCAGAGUCAGACAUGGAAGAGGACGAUGAGCAGGAAGAUCAAGAAGAGGCGGAAGUCGAGUUAGACAAUGAACAGCAGCUUCCCAGCCCCUCAGACCUUGGAGGGGUUCCCUGGAAGGAGGCGGUACAGCUACAUGCCAAGCUUAGGGGUGACCCCUGUGAGGACGAGGAUCUGGCUGAACUCGAUGAGGAAGAUGAAGAAGAUGAUGAGUCAAGUGAAGAGGGUGAUUACUGCCCAUGGGACAGGGAACUCCAGUCAGGCCUUUGGCUGGAGAAGUACCUCACAGAUGAAGAUGGUGUUGGUACUUUUAAAGCCAAGAACCUCCACAUUCAACAAGCCCUGCUGCCUUUGGACCCUCUUGAAAUUCCAGGUGUGGGGGGAACACAUCCAGACUCUGAGACAAACAGGAGUGGCCAACUGGCCUCAGCCUCUCAGCCCGUUGAGCCCUCGCAGCUCUCUUCCACAGCCCCUGUCCACACAUCUGCCCGGCACGAAGCAGUGCGAGUCUGGUUGGAGUCAAUGUCUGGAGAGCCUUGUGAGGAGGAUGAUUUGGAAGCAGAAGCUGAUAGUCCCGAUAUGGAGCCUGGGACAGAAAUGGAUCAGGAUGACAUCCCCUCUGAUGCUGAAGCUGAGGCUCGUUUGCACCCAUCAGUGCACACUGAAGCUUUUCCGCAGCAGGACAGUAUAGCUGAAAGUCUGGCAAUCGCUUCAAGUAUUGAACCAUCUACCACUGAACCUAUGCAAAAAGAAGAUGAUGCUGUUUUAUCUCCAGUCUUACCUUCACCAGAGCCUGAAAGACAGGUGAAGUCCCCAGAAACCUGCUUUUUCCCAGAACCAGUGGUGUCUGAGGAACCAAAAGUUGAGAGGACAACACCUUCACCAGCAUCCAAGAGCCCGGUUUGCAAUUCGCCAACAACUUUCCUUGAUCCUUCCCCUUUCAACUCUCCAACGGCUGCCUCUGUCAAGGCUACUGUCUCACCCUUUGACAUCGGCUCUCCGGUCAAUCCAGCUGUCGAGAGCCCCCUCAAACCCCCUGAUAAGUCCCCUGUUGGUUGUCCAAUUCGUUCCCAGCCCACCCCACUACAAGAGACGUGCACACCAAAGUCACCCGUCUACCCACACCGAUCAAUUUGCCCCCUUACAGGCAACCCACUCUCCCCAAUAUGUGCCCAGCCUCUGCCCUGCCAUGAACCUUCAUCACCUCAGGUCUCUGAUUCUCCAGUUAGAACUCAGCCUAUCCCAAAUGUUACUUCAACACCCAUGGCCAGAACUGACAGAGCCACACCUGAACAUUCACAGUCUGAGGACCUUUCAACAGAUGAAUCUCUGUCAAAAAAGACUGAUAUCAUCGAGGAAUUUUGGUUAAAGAGCGCAGAGAUCCGGAAAAGUCUUGGUUUGUCACCUUUAGAUCGCAGUGGUAAAAUCUUGGUGAAGAGUGAUGUAAAAACUCCAACACAAGAUCCCACCUCUCCCAAGACAAUGUCUCUGGAAGUGUUUGAGGACCAGAAGCCUGCUUUAACUGGGCGCACUGUGAUUCGCAGACUCAACAUCACUCUUGAAGGUCAAGUCAUUACUCCCAUUGCUGUUGUGGAAGGCAGAGGUAAUGGCUCUGACAAGAAAGAACUCACCAGCAGCUCAGGCGUAGGCCUAAAUGGAAGUAUGGCCACAAGUCAAACGGCAAACAGUGACAGCUAUAACACCUCUGACUCCGUCAUGCUGACCCCACCAUCCAGCCCACCACCGCCUGUGCCUGCUAAUCAGUCCCCUGCGGUAUUCAGGCAGCAAAAACACCAGGUCUCUUGGAGCAAUGGGACAGAAAAACCUCCAUACGAGCGUGCCAAAGAACCACCCAAAACAAAGACUCCCAUUCCUGCUCAGAGAACCCAAAUGAGUCCUGUAUCUGCACCUAAACCUGCAGCCAGGAAAGUGCUUCUGCCACCAACAGAUCUGGAAGAAACACCUGUUGUUAUCAUGAGGGAGAAAAAGAAGCCACGCUCAGAGGAGAUGAGGAAGUCUUUUGUGGAAACGGUGGAAGAGAUUCCAUUUGCUGACGAUGUGGAGGAGAACUUUGACGAGCGAACGCCAGAAACCAGCAUGCACAAGUUUUACACUCCACCUACUAGUAAGGCCACAGAAAAACCUCCUUUUCAUCUGGCUUUAGCUAUGGAAAAUGGUAAACCCAACAUCCCUGUCAGCUCAGUCUCUAAGACACACCGGGCCUCUCAGUUCUCUCCAGAGGCCAAAGAGAUUGCUGAGGAGAGGAUGAGGGCAAGAGAAAAAUCCAUCAAGAGCCAGGCUCUCAAAGACGCAAUGGCCAAGCAGCUAAAUAAAAUGAAAGAGUCAAAUGUAGAAGAGGGUGUGUCACCUAAAGUGGCCUGGAGUGUAACUCCAGAGGUCGUCGGGAAAAGUAAGAAGUCUUCAGUAUCUCCAAAGACGUCUGCUGUAAAAGCUCUGGAAUCUAAGAAGGCUGAGACUCUACCCGAGCGUCUCGUCAGUAGCAACCGGAGUCUGGACAGCUCCAUGGCAUCCUCUGACAGCUCGUCCACGAGUAAGAGCAAGAAGCGAAGUUCACUUUUCUCACCUCGUAAGAACAAAAAGGAGAAGAAGGCCAAGAACGACGCCAGUCGACUCUCUGGGGCAGACGAGACACCACCCAAACACAAGUCUUUGUGGAAGGCCGUCUUCUCAGGGUACAAGAAGGACAAGAAGAAGAAAGAUGACAAAUCAUGUCCCAGUACGCCAUCAUCUGGCUCCACCACUCAGGACUCUGGCACGAAAAGAGCCUCUCCUCAUGGAAAGUCAUCUGACAUGAAGUCCCGCAGAAACUUGAGCUUCUCUGAGGAUUCCGAUCUGUCAUGUGACGACAUACUGGAGAGAUCGUCCCAGAAGUCAAAGGCAGAUCGACAUAUGGACAUCUUUGACCUAGUGUCAGGCAUGCAGAAGGAAGCAAUGAAAGAGGAGAAACUGGACAAGGAGAGAAGGAGGGAGUUCAAAGGAAAAAGAGGGAAAGAGAGGCAAAAAGAGUGUGAAAAGGGAAAAGACAAUGAGUCUGUUUAUGUCCCUCAUGCACUGGCGUUCAAGAGAUCGUAUGCCUCAAAGAAAACCUACACAGAGGAAGAGCUGAAUGCCAAGCUGACUCGCAGAGUUCAGAAAGCUGCUCGACGACAGGCUAAGCAAGAAGAACUCAAGCGGUUGCAUCGUGCCCAGAUUAUCCAGAGGCAGUUGGAGCAGGUGGAGGAGAAGCAGAGGCAGCUGGAGGAGAGAGGUGUAGCCGUGGAGAAGGCAUUGCGAGGGGAAGCAGGAUUGUACAAAGGUACUUAUACAUUACCCAAACAGCACAAAAGAAAAUCAGACUAUUGGGGAGAUUCUAAUUACAGUGAAAUCCUGGACUUGCAUCUGGGCGUCCCCAGCUCCCUUCCCCCCUGUCUUGUGGAAGUUGAGCCCUUUGUGGGGACGCAACGUCGGAGACCUCUCCCCUUCUGCCUCUGCUGUUCCCCUGAAGGCAUGGGCAAGAAGGACGAUCCCAAACUCAUGCAAGAAUGGUUCAAGCUAGUUCAGGAGAAGAACGCCUUGGUCCGCUAUGAAUCAGAACUCAUGAUAUUUGCCAGAGAAUUGGAGCUGGAGGACCGACAGAGUCGACUGCAGCAGGAACUCAGGGAGCGAAUGGCCGUGGAAGACCACCUGAAGACUGAGAAGGAGCUUGCACAGGAGAAGCAGAUCUUAAAUGAGAUGCUGGAUGUGGUGGAGCAGCGUGAUGCCCUGGUGGCCCUCCUGGAGGAGCAAAGGCUCAGAGAGAAGGAGGAAGACAAGGACCUGGAGGCUGUGAUGCUCUCCAAAGGCUUCAACCUCAAUUGGGUUUAAUGGGAGUGAACUCAUUGCCCAACAGGUCCUGGGUUGGAAUGAGCUUGCGUAAGGUCUUCUUUGAUCAGGAAAUUACAGAAAAGGGCAGUUGAUCAAUUGAUCUGCGACUGUCUCACCUGCAGCAGUAAAUGUGUACAAAUUGCCAACACGCACACACAACACAACACUGGUUGCAGCUGCUGAACUUCCCUGCAGCGUUUACAAAUUCUCAGCCCACAGGCAGUGACAGUUAAUCACUUUGCAGGUUGGUGCUGGCUGCGUGGGUGGAGCGACGACACGUUCACACACACAUACACACACACAACUUUAUUAUCAUCACAGCCUUGAAGUGCUGGCACCUUUGGGAGCAUGUUUAAAAAGAUGUGUUUGAUUCUGAAUGAUCUAAAGGGAAUAUUGCAGUUUGGUCCUGCUGAUGUACAGGAAAUCCAUUUUUGUAAAUAGCUGUGUAGUAGCAGUCACAUUUUACAGCAGAUCAUCCCCCACCUGUCUUUUCUGACAACAUAAAGGCUGACUGCAGAAAGACUUCUUUAUCCCACUGAACCACAAAGACAACUGACCACUCAAGUUCCUACCCUCCUCUCUUAAGAAUUGCUUUUAAUGUAUUUAUUAUCGUCUUUGUUGCUUUCAACAUUUUUAUUUUGUAUUUACACGGGAGUGCCCAGCCUGUCACGCAUUUGCACUUGUGUAAGCCAUUGCUGUGCUUGUAAAGUAAAACCUGUGACGGCUGCGUGGGUCAUUUGUCCCUGAUUGCAAGGACAUAGAAUACGGACGUAAUACAAGCCCACUUGCCACAUUACGAGUGUAACGAUUCACCAUCCUUUUUAUUCUACUGUCGUAUCGCCUCUGCAAAGCAGUGAAAGGGACGACAUAGGAUUUGGCCAUGGUCCAUCACAUCUGUAGAGCGCUUUUCUAAUAGUCUUAUUUCAGGGGUGUCCAAUGCGCGGCCUGUGGCUGAUUUUUCUUUUUAUUGGCCAUCGGCACAUUUGAAAGAAUAUUAUACAAUUAAACAAGAAAAGUCAUCAAAACCACAAGAAAAAUGGAAAAAGAGUAGCAAUUGUACAAGAAUAAAGUAGACAUAUUUGAGUAAAGAUAAUAUAAAGAAUUGUCACAUUACAACCAAGCGUUUUACAAGCAUAGCGUCAUAAUACUAUGAGGAAAAAAAUCUGAUUUUCACAAUUAUUUCCACAAAAAAUGUUGCAAAAUUAAAUAGAGAUAGACAUAUGUUAUUAAUCUCCAAGAGAAAUUCACAUUUCCAGCUUAGUCACUUCACAAAAUAAAUCAACCAAAGCAAGACAGGAAAGAUAAGAAAAUACAAUAAGAAUAAAUAAAUACGGAACAGAUCACCUCAAAUUUAUAGUGCUGUAAUGCAUAAUAAGGUAAUAAGUCUAGUCUUGUGUGUGGGUUUUAUUGCUCUCCCUCUGUUGUGUUGAAAAGCUGCAGAGCGUGGGGGAGGAAUGAUCUGCAGUCUUUUGGUUGGGCAAGACAGUGGUAGUAAUCUGCCAUUGAAACUUUCCUUCUGUUGGGAGAUGAUGCUGUGCUUUGGAUGAUGCUGGUUGUCCAUGAUGGAAAGGAGCCUCCUCAGUGUCCUUUACCACUGAUGUCAGGCUGUCCAGCUCAGUGCCAAUGACAGAGCCCCCCUUGCUCACCAGAUUGUCCAGGCGUGCAUAAAAAUGAAGAAAAAUAGCAAUUUUUGGAAAAUGAGUCCAAAAAAAAGGAGGAAGACUGAUGACUAGAAGAAAGAGCAUAAAAAAACCCAGUUCCAGCCACUCAAAAGAGGUUAGAAAAUACAAAAGGCCUUUAAUUUGAUGGACUACAAAACAUUAAAUUACACCAACACGUAUUGGCCUGCGCCUUCUUCAGGGUGCAGUGACACAAAGACAGGCGGAGUCAAUUACGGUAGUAAUCACUACAAGUGUGCACAGAUGGGCACAACUGCAGGUACGACACCCAGCAAACACAAGACAGGAGACACAAACGUCACAUUCUGGGGGCGAGUGGUGUAGGAGGCGAGCCAGCGUGCUAGUGUACAUCCGGACGGGUAUUGGGGACUGGGCUACUUGCUGGGGCUCACGGGUUGCUGCCUGGAUAGUGGCGAGGCGUACGGGCGUGUUCAGUGGACAAAACGCGUGCCUGUGGGUCGCUCUCCCGGAGGUGAGGGCCCUGAUAUAAUAGAUUUUUCUCAAAAUGUUCUCGCGAUCGACUGGCAAAGUCCUGAAGAUCGACCAGAAGCUAACGAUUGACGAAAAUAGUAAAUGUAACAACAAGUUCAUACGGGCUUCCUCCUUUAUGUGCGAAAAAAGAAAAAUGCGCGUGCAUGUGAUGUGCUUAUUUGUGAGCCGCAGGGGUUCUUUGUCAUGUCGUACAAACUCUACGGGUGCUUACGAUUUUUUUCAGGUUGCAAGACAAACUCACGCACCUCGUACGUCUUCGUGCGUCAUCCGUACAGCCAACGUGUGUCUUUCGUACGUUUUGCUGGUGGCAGGUUUGGGCAAAAUGUCAAUUUUUUCGUACGUCGCACUUGCGGACUCCUACGUGUGGGUCGUGCCCCACACGUGCACCCCACAUGCAUAAUUAGUGCGCCUGUCAUACGUUGAGAUAUUUUGACCUCAGGGGAAAAAGACCUUAAAGUAAAUUUAGCAUUGGUUUACAAAAGUAAUCAUAAUAUAUUGAAAAUAUAAAUGCCUGCAAUGAAGAAACCAUUUAAAAAAUAUUAGUUUGGGAAAAAAUUUGUGAUAUUACGAAAAGGAACUAAAGUCAAAACAACAACGGCAAAAAUGGAAAAACGAGCCGUGGAGAAAAAGUACUGUAAUAAUACAUUUUGUCAUCGAAACACAAAGCUGAGAUGCUGACUGUUUUUUUUUUCUUGGAAUAUAUGCAUUGUAACUUUUUAGCAUAUAAAACGCCAAACAUCAAGCCUGUAUCCUUUUGAUUUUACCGUAUGCGGCCCUCGCUGUGAAAAGACACCCCUGCCUUAUUUAUUUUGAAGAUCACCACUUGGCCAUUGGAGCUCAAGUCAAGUUCGAAGCAACGCGUGUUCCCUUCCAGAGCUCGUCUCCAACCGAUGCUGCAAAUCAGUCUGACCUGGGAAGCUUGAGGUAGCAGGACACUUCUUAUUAGUAAUUAUUUUUUAUUUUUCUUACAUCCUCCGACUACCUUCAGGCACAUGCUUGUACUGUAAGCCUCGGUUUUAAUGUUGUCGUAUUUAUGGUUAACCUGCCAUAGUUUUUGAUUGCAUGCCAUAUACUGUAACUAUCUGUCGUGUCUGCUGCAAAGUCAGAAGAUUUUAUUUGAACUGACGUUGCUGAGUUGAACAAACGUCCAUUUAUUGUGCUUGUGGCCCGCUUUUGGUUACCAAAAUGCAGAGUUACAGCCUCCAAUUAUGGCAAAUUAUUAUAAUAAGAAUAAUUGUCCUCGUGGAUUGGUUGCAUUUAAGUCAAGGGUGUCCAAAGUGCACAGUCUAAAAUACAAUUUCACAAGAAAACUAUUUUAAAAAAUACAGCACAAAUGGAAAAACCAGCAGUCAUUUUUCAAGAAUAAAGUCCAAAUAUUAGGAGAAAGAAGUUGUAUUGUAACAAGAAGAAAAGUCGCAAUUUUAUGUAAUAUGAGGAAAAAUAACAUUAAGGAUAAAGUUGAAAUAUUAAAGAAAAAAGAUUUUAAGUUAUAAUAUUAGCAGAAACAAAACAACGAAUAAAGUUGUAAUUUUGACAAAAGAUGUGGUUGUGGGAAAAGUAAUAAAGGUCCGAGAAGUCAAAAUUACUAGAAGAAAAUUUUCAAGAAGAAACUGAAA